GUCUCGUAUGUGUGACACAGAUUUUUAUUAUAGGCUUGUCUAUUUUAGAUGCUUGUAUCCAACCUGUAAGAGCAAAAUUUAGGUUUGUGUCGCUUUGUUGCCACCAGAGAAGCGGAAAAUGUCACAGCAAAUGACGACUAUGACUGACUUGAAUAAUAUUGACCAGCUUAUCUUGCGUAUUAUUGACACCAGCCGGCUCAAACAGCUUAACCUCACAGAAACGGACAUAAGGCUCCUCUGUAACAGAUCACGCGAAGUAUUUAUGUCCCAGCCCAUGCUGCUUGAACUAUCCGCUCCAGUGAAGAUCUGUGGAGACAUUCACGGCCAGUUUACGGACCUUCUGCGCCUGUUCGAUUAUGGAGGAUACCCACCAGCAUCUAAUUAUCUUUUUCUCGGAGACUAUGUAGACCGCGGAAAGCAAUCCAUUGAGACUAUGUCCCUGCUACUGGCUUACAAAAUUAAGCACCCAGAAAAUGUUUUCCUUCUUCGUGGAAACCAUGAAUCGGCCGGAAUUAACCGCAUAUAUGGUUUUUAUGAUGAGUGCAAGCGUCGUUACACUAUAAAACUCUGGAGAACAUUUGUCGACUGUUAUAGUUGCAUGCCAGUUUCAGCCAUCGUUGACGAGAAAAUUUUCUGUUGUCACGGCGGUCUUAGCCCCGACUUACUAAACAUGAACCAGAUCAGCCAGUUGGCCCGACCGUGUGAUGUCCCCGACAAAGGUUUACUUUGCGACCUUUUGUGGUCAGAUCCAGACCCUAAGAUAAUGGGAUGGAGCGAUAAUGAUCGAGGGGUCAGUGUUACAUUUGGCGCGGACAUUGUGGGCAAAUUUGUGCACCGGCACAAAUUCGAUCUCAUUUGUCGUGCCCAUCAGGUCGUAGAGGAUGGCUACGAGUUCUUCGCAAAGCGGCAACUAAUCACCAUAUUCUCGGCUCCAAACUAUUGCGGCGAAUUCGACAAUGCAGGCGCAAUGAUGUCCGUGGAUGAGACACUGAUGUGCUCGUUUUACGUCCUUAAGCCCUCUAAGAAACCUGGAUUGCGCAAAAUCCACUCCAAGAGCUGAGCUUUAUUAAAGAGAUGUAAUUUUCUUGUCGUUAGCAAGUCAGUCACUUUCUUAUUUUGAACUAGUAUAUAUUUAUAUGUAUUUUUGGCUUACAUGUGAGCCGCGUGAAAUAAAAAUUGGACG